GAAAUGCAACUUUUUUAAAAUAAGAACAAAAGGAUAUUAGGAAUAAUGUAUUAAAUGGAAAAAAUAAAGAAACCAAAACGUCAUUAUGUUACCCAAAGAAACCAAAACCGAUCGCCUGCUCCUCAUCCACCAGCUGCACCACCGCAGCCCAACCCAUUCCAGCCGAGCCGAGCCGAUCUGAGCCGCUUCCAUUCAGCCGAAUUAGUGACCCCCAAUAGCCCGCGCAAACCACCCAUUUUCGUCGUUAAAAUUCAUCCCUGAAAUUAUUCCUUCUUGCCCAAACGUUUUUCUUUGAAAAUUUAUUUAGUAUAUCAAGUAUUUCUUGGGUUUAAUUUGAUUUAUGGGCACUGAAAUUGAUUAAAGAGUAGUAGAAGCAAUCCAACUGCCGCCGCCAGCGUCAUCAUUUCCUUCCAAAUUCAAGCUAGCUUACAGAUGGAUGACAAGAAAAGAGAAGAGUUAGCUGGUUUACUAACUAUUCUCCCUCCUGUGGAGUUUUGUUGUGUGUAUGGCUCUAUCCUUCAUCCUAACAAUCACGACAAGUCGCGGAUGAUUGAUUAUAUUCUUGGUGUUCGAGAUCCUAUUGAAUGGCACUCACAGAAUUUGAAGAUGAACAGGUGCCAUUAUAGUUCAUGGAUAUUGCGCUUUGGCGGUGCGAAAUUGAUUACUAAAGUUGCAGAGGGAAUCGGUGUCGGAGUGCACUUCAACCCUUUUGUUUCUUGGGAUGAUAAGACUUUCAAGUAUGGUGUGGUCAGAAUGCAUGACUUGGUUGACGACAUUACUAACUGGAAAACCUUCUACUUGAGUGGUCGUCUUCAAAAGCCUAUCAACGUUCUUGUGGAUAGCUUGGAUGUUGAAGAUCUAAACUCCUCUAAUUUAAGAGCUGCAACAUCAGCAGCUUUACUGCUUUUACCUUCCCAUUUCACUCAGAAGGAUCUUUAUGCAAAAAUCUGCAGCCUUUCUUACAACGGUGAUAUGCGAAUGCUUUUUGCUGAGGACAAGCAUAAGGUGCAAAAGAUUGUGCAAGGGCAGUUUGACUUGUUCAAAGGAAUUUAUAAACCAGUUUUGGAGGAAUUUUCCAACAAAGAUUUGUUAAGUUUCUCAUUGUUUGGGGAUCAACAGGAAAAUAUUACUCAGGACUGUGGUUUACCUGCUGUUCAGUCACUUGUCUCUUGUCUCCCUGAAGCAAUCAGAUCCAGUUUAAGCACACAAUUAACUGACCAGCAAACAAAGAAAUCUGGUCGAGUUCCCCACGAAGUUAUCAUUAAAUCGAGAGCAGAAGCAGCAAAUUGUCUGGAAAGGAUUAUAAGACGCAAAGUUAUGGUUUCAAGUGUCAGACAGGCAGUUUCUGGGGUUUUGGCGGCAGGGGUUGCGAGAUCUGCUUUGUAUCUUGCAAAGAAAACGCAGAAGGCUUGGAAUUCCCGGCGUUAAGGUUGAUGAACACACUCUAAUUGACAAGUGCCUGAGAAAUUUUGGCUUCAGCUACAGUUCAGUCACGACGAGAAACCACACAGUAGAUAUGUUGAGUAUUUUAGAGGUUGUAGGACCAUAUCCAAUGAACCUAAGUAAUAAACUAAGCAAGAAAGUAACAACGGAACCAAAACUAGCUUGCUCGACUGGACUGCUCGUUCGAGCACUUUUGUGCUCGACUGUUUGUCAGGCAGUUUGUUCAAAAAGCUUCUUUUGAUGUUUCGAGCAUUUGCUCGUUCGAGCACUUAGGAAUUUUUUGCAUCAGGAAGUUUCUGAAAUGUGUUUUGACAUAUGUUCGUUUGAGCACAUAUUAUGCUCGUUCGAGCACCUUGGAACAGAGCGACUGUUCGUGAAGCAACUUUGUUUCAUGGAGCAUUGUGUUAUAAAUAAAUGUUUUACGUCAUGAUUAACUGAUAAAUAACAAUUAUCAUUGAUGAAUGAAUUUGGAUGAAGCCAUGCCACAUUAUUCUAUAAAUAGGAGUGGUUGUGUGGAUAUCAUUUACACUUGAA